AUGCCUUUGAAUGCUGUUCGCAAUUUAUCUUCUACUGCCGGACGAGGCAUACUCAAACGCAUUGGCAAGGUGGACAUAGAGGAUGUCCGUAGAAUGAACGGCGUUGAAGGGGACAAAUGGGUCACGUCUGUCAACAAAGUGCGGGACGAUAUAGAAGCUCAGUAUGACGGUGUGAAGGAGUAUGAGAUUCAGGGUGCGAGAGCCCACAAAUCCUCCAAGGAUCCGACGGACCCAGAUGACGUCAUAACCAUUGCCUUUUACAGCCAGAACGGUACACGGCAGCUCAGCGGCCACGUUCAUGUUGAUGGGACAUAUAACAUAGCUGAAAGUCGUGCAGGAAAGGGAAAAGGCAAAGGACAGGGAAAGAAGUAG